UACAAUAACGUAAAGGAUAUAAGAUGCAUUGACCUGCUCGUGUCGACUCACAGUAUGGUUCAGAUGCCGCGCCCGAGAUCAUCGCCUGUGCUUUCCUCGCUCGUUCGACAUAAAAGCUGUCCUCUCUGUCCCUUCCCUUCUCUUUUCUUUCAUCAGCAAAAAUCAUAACUCUAAAGGCCUAGGAUUCGAAGAUCAUCUCAUCAUACCAUCCCAACUAUCUUCAGACAACACUACAACCACUACUACUACGCCUACCCAAGACAUCUUACCAUAUCAUCAUCGUCAUCAUCACCAUCAACAUGCCUUCCACCAAACCCGUCUACGCCGACAAGGCUACCUUCGAGAAGUCCGGCUUGGCUCCCUACCUCACAACCUCCACCAAAGCAGAUUGCUGCAGCAUCUGCCUGAAAGACCUCGCUUGCGAGGCAUCAGAGACUGCCCAUAAGCCUCUGACCAAAGCUGAACGAAAACUGCUCGACGAUGAAGUCGACACAUACCAAGACAUCUCCGACAUCCACCGCCACCACAAUCAAGAGGAACAAGUCGGAGCAAGGCUAAAUGCCUGCGGUCACGUUUUCGGCAAGACAUGCAUCGACACAUGGCUGAAGGACAGCAACUCCUGCCCAAUGUGCAGGAUCGAACUCUUCCCCAAAAGCGUACGCCAACGUUGCCAGCCAGACUUCUCUGGUGGCAGAAUAGUAGGAUGGUUUUAGGGUUGGGAUUUUGGGAUUGUGCGAGAACCUCCUCGCUACGCUUUGGGGUUUAUGUACACUGGUUGACGAGUCUGUGAGGACCUCCUGGGUGGAUUAUUGGGUUUGUGGUUUUCUCUUUUAACGGUAACGAGGGUCUCUACGCAUGGUUUUCACGUAACGUGGUAUAGGUGGUUUGGA